GUGAUUUCUUGCUCCGAGUCCCCUCCACUCUGCUACACUCCUUGUGUUGUCACCCGAACCGGGAAUUGUCUGUGCAUCAGGAACAAAGUAGAUCUACUAUCAGCUGAAAUGGCACCCAAGAAGGACCCUAAGGCUCCCGCCAAAAAGGCCGAACCAGCACCAGCACCUGCACCGGCACCCGAGCCAGCCCCUGCACCUGCAGCUCCCGCUGUCGACCUGUCCGCCGUCAAGGUGGAGUUCAGCGCAGACCAGAUUGAAGACUACAGGGAGGCCUUUGGUCUGUUCGACAGGGUGGGUGACAACAAGGUGGCUUACAACCAGAUCGCCGACAUCAUGCGCGCUCUUGGACAGAACCCCACCAACAAGGAGGUGAACAAGCUGCUGGGAAACCCCUCCACUGAUGACAUGGCCAACAAGAGAGUAGAGUUCGAGGCUUUCCUGCCCAUGCUCCAGACCAUCAUCAACAGCCCAAACAAAGCAGGAUUCGAGGACUACGUUGAGGGUCUGCGUGUCUUCGACAAGGAGGGCAACGGCACAGUGAUGGGUGCUGAGCUGCGUAUUGUCCUGUCAACACUGGGAGAGAAAAUGACUGAGGCUGAGAUUGACGCUCUCAUGGCAGGACAGGAGGACGAGAACGGCUGUGUCAACUACGAGGCCUUUGUCAAGCACAUCAUGUCUGUGUAAGGACCCUGCCACUGCGGUGGUGACAUCGUAUACGUGCAGACCCCAUGGUGUCGCGACAUCCACUCGCUGUUUCCUGUACCACCUGAGGAAGCAGGGGGAACAAAGGACUAUGAGAUGUCAUUUCCUGAAAUCUUCUUUUGUUUUGUUCUAAACUUUUUUUUUUCUCUGUCCAACUGGUGCUUUUUUUUCUCUCCUCCUCCUGCUGUUCAGCAAGUCAUCCCGAUUUCCCAUGGGAUGUUUUUUUCCUCAUCUUCACCCAAGUCCUCCUGUCUCAUUGGUUUUUUUUUUUUUUUAUUGUCACUGGUUUUCACAGUGGAACAGUGAUGGAGGGGAUGGUGGGAUAAUGAUGAUCCCCUCCUCUCACUUUACUGUCUGGCUGGGUCUCUAUCUGCCAGUGAAAUGACUGAUUUGGCCCCGGACAGGCCAUCAAAAUGAAUCCACUCCUCACCCAACCCAUCUCCCUAAGUCUUAACUUAUUGUAUCCUCUGCCAUUUCACAAUAAAAUUUUCACAAAUUCCCA